UUGCAGAGAAAAAGCAAGUACCAGCUAGCUAGAUGCAAAUGCGCGAAGGAUUAUUUUCCUCCGAUGUUCUCCGCACGCAGUUCAACGCGUGCGUUUAAUAGGACUAAACUAUAUAUGUUAUAGAAUAUUGAUUGGAUAAUUGAAGCUGCUGUAUUUGGGAACGAGUAACUCUCUCGGCUUAAACGAUGAUUAUAAUUAAAUUAAAGCAGUUCAAGGGCUUGUCAUCGUGUUGGUGGAAAAUAUUGUCAGUUCUUCUCUAUAACAGCGUUUAGCCAGUCAUCACGUGCUACUACUCAAGCUUUCGGAAUAAACAAAUUCACAUUAUAUUAGUUUUUGGGUCCGGUGCCCCCAAAUCCCCAGCCUAUGCGCCCGUGAUAACAACAGAUGCGUGAUAGAAGAAUGGUUAUAAUGUACCUCACACUGUCUCUACUGAAUUGACCACACCCAAAGUUUGCACCCCUCGCUGAAUCUUGCUGGGAUCUAUAGAGGAAAUUUAACCUUAUUUCUCAAAAAAGGAGAGAUUUGAAGCAAAUAGACUGGACGUCAAACUGUGAGUCCAACCAGGACCGUUGUAAACUUGUGUUCGAGACAUCUCGGAUCUCGACAGACAGGCUGAUCACAAAACUGGUAAUCUGGAAGAUGUUGAUAAAUAUCUUCACGUGAUGUGAUUGUCACUGCUUAUCGGUGGGUCCUCGUGGUUCUCGAUUUAUAGCGAAAGUUCAAGGCGCGGGGAACAGCUGUCACUCUGGAGACUGGAAUAUAAUAUGUCAUUUUUCAAAUGAUACUUUGCAUACUUUGCACUACCUUCACCUAUUGUUUUCAGAAGAUUUGACGUCUAAUCAAGUCUCCGUUGGACCUAGAUGUUGCUUGGCAGUCAUUGUACUUCAAAUGUGAAUCACCAUGGCAACCGUGUAUUCUCUGAUAUCUCUCCUUGUCUGCAUUCACCAGACGUCAGCAUCUUCUUCAAGUCAGAUAAAAAGGGCACAUCCGCAUGCUCCAUCAUCGUCCACAUCACUCCUUCAUUCAUCAUCGACGCCACCGUCUAUGUCAUCAUCGUCGAUGUCAUCACCAUCGCCUCAGCUAUCAAACAUGCUAAAUACUACUUCAUCAACGAUAUCAACCAUGACAUGGGCAUUGAGUAUUAAUGAUACGCAGCCACCGACAAGGGGGCAGUCGAGUAGGUCGAGGUCGGUACAUCCGUCACCGAAGGCGACGUCGAAGACGAUCUAUGCACCAUCGUCAUCGGAACCGUUGUUUGUGAUGACUUCAUCAUUUUAUGAAGGAAAUCUGAACACCUCUACCAUGUCUACGAACUUUUGGGAUGGCGACAUAUACAUCACGACGACGGAAGAGAUCUGGCUAUCAACAUUAGACCAAGAUGCUGAGAUCACCACAGCUACGCCAGUAUCACAAAUACCAAUAACAUUGAUAUCACAGCCACCAGCAUCACAUAUGUCAUCAUUGUUGUCACCAUCACCUUCAACAAUGCCAUCUGCAGCGUCACCAUCAACCCGAGUAAACAUACCAUCACAACAACCGUCAACGUUGAUACCGUCUUUACCGCCAUCAACACCAAUACCAUCAUUUUCAUCAUCACCGUCAAUAUCAUCAUCAUCCUCACAAUCAACACCAUCAACACCAAUACCAUCAUCAUCAUCAGCCAGACCAAUACCAUCAUCAUCAUCAUCAUCAUCAACAUCAUCUCCAAUAUCACAACUAUCAACACCAAUUCCAUCAUCAUCUAUCGGUAACCAUAGCAUUCAUCAAAGCCCAUUCUCGACACCUCCUCCACCAUCCGUCAUUCCCUCCCCUUCUACUUCUAUGUCUUCUGGUGCUAUGUCGAAUGCUGCAGAUACAAGAACAUCCUCGUUUCCUCACUCAAUUUCUAUGUUUAUAUCUUCAACGUACGAGUCCGACCGGGUCACCUCUUCAGUGCUGGGUAGUAGCACCGGCGAUUCCGCCAGCGUGUCAAUGACCUCAAGCACGACCUAUGACUUCAAUGGAUCAUUGCCGAUAUCAGCUACACAAUCAAUGUCCCCUACGUUUGAAAUCAUCUCGUCUUUCAUUGAUUUAAAUGUAACAUCAUUCGUGGAAUCAUACACGAUUCUAAUGACAGCAUCGGCUGAUGUCAACGUGUCCGUAGAGUCUCCUCAACCAACGAUGCAAUUAUUCACUCAGUUGAUUUCUUCAGAAACUCCGGAAAUACAUUCAACUCCGAUUUCUUCAGAUUAUCGCAUGCCGAUGCCUUCAUCUGCUUCGCCCAUUGCAUCAUCGUCAAACAUUCUCCUGAGCGCAUCAAUGAGUGGCAUCCCCUCUGCAAUGCCAUCCACGUCGAGCUUUACUGCCAGUACUGCAAAUCCGGCAUCGCAUAUCCCACCAACAGAAUCAGCAUCAACAGAAGCAACCACUGAUGGAAACAAAACCACACUGGGAGUGUACUACCCGGUGAGAUGCACCAUCAAAUUAGGAGGAGAUUGUCGUCAAGUCAAGGCGAAAGAGGACGCCUUCAAAAGCAAUUUCAUCGAGUCAAUAUCCUCUCUGAUGUCUCUAGACCAUUCCAGGAUAUCAGUCAACAGCGUGAAAUGUGGCUCUGUCGUUGUGGACUUCACGCUGCAGGACACUGCGGAUUUUGCCUUCGCAGAGGAUCUCUACGGCUAUAUGGACUCGACUGACAUCACUGUGCCCUUCGAAAAUCAAACCCUGACAGCAGAGACAAUCGAAUUUCACGACGGUCCGUACGCUCCGACCACACCGAAGCCAUCGGAAGCCCCACCGGUAUCCGACGACGAUGAGGGCGGGCUAACUUUCGAACAGCAGCAGAGACUGAUAUACAUCCUCAUCGGCGUCGUGGUUGGCUUCGUGAUUUUACUGGCCAUCAUCCUGGUUGUCCAUCACGUGGUUAGGAGGACCUGCAGUAAGAGUCAACAGUCCUUCGAUCUUCAGGACGAACCCUGCAUCAAACUGACUGACUUCAACAUGGCGCACACCUGUAUUCCUAGACCUCGAAGUAUCUACAGCUCCAUUGGGGCAGAUGGAAGGUUCUUCCGAUACGACAAUCGAGAGGACAACACUUAUCCACCUGCCAGUCCGACGUCAUUCAUUUACGCCGACUCACGGGACAUCAAAGAACAUUAUCAUGAGGUCAUUGACCCGGAUGACCAAGACCCUUCGACCUCUGACAUGCAGAAUCAAAAGGACUUUGGGCGUAGUGGACUUCCGGAAUGGAACCUUCCACUCGUAGAUGGUGCUUCUGCUGUGUCCCCAGAUCUCCUGAAUACUAUCGAUUCCCACCAUUCAAGUCACCCGUCGACAUCGUCUGAUACAUUCCGACCGCCGUCCGCCGCCUCGUCAACCCUCAAUAACCCGCCGGUUUUCUCACCACCCGCUCCCCCUCCUCCACCGCCUCCACCGCUGCCCACCCCUAUCAUACAGAGUGGAACGCUCCGGUCUCGACACAGCUGCGAUGCAGGCUCAGAGAUGACGGACUCGUCGGGCGAUACCAACACGCUGACAAAGGGGAGUUCAGACGUUGGCACGUCGAUGAUGGGUAUAGAUAAUCCACUGAUGACCCCGGAAGAAUAUUAUGAUAUCCCGGGUCCAAGUACAUCCGAUAGAAUGUCAAGAUAUAUUGUACGUUAGUUAAUUAAGUCAUAUAUCUUUUACACGAGAAUGAAUACGCAAUGUUCAAUUCGCAUUUAUUUUCAUGUCAUAUAGUUGCAAGAUGUUUGAUCCCUUCGUUCGCUCGCAUCAGUCAUUUUUCAUGUAGUUCUCUAGAAAAAGGAGACGCGUUCAUUCCACUUUUGACUUAUUCCAUCUUAAGUACACCACUUUAAAACUCACCGCCUUGUUUUUAAAUCUGUGAUCACAAAGCACCCGUCAUGCUGUAUUGUUUAAAAAAAAUUUAUAGGCCUAUCAUCUUCACAAUCUUGGGAGUUUUUAUAUUUUUUGUAGUAUUUUUAUAUUUCUCAAUAUUUGUAUUGAAACGAGAUAAUGUGUGUUUCCACGAAGGCUGUGAAAUUAAUAUUUUGUCGAGAAAAGACAAUAUUCGUUUUUUAUCAUAAAGUCCGUGUAUCGUGUCUUGAGAAGCGUGCCUUUGUAACCCUUGUGGUGACUUUAUUUUCUAACCAUUAUCGUGUCUUAUAAUGUAUAGCAAUUUAUGUCAGUGCACUGCACACUGCAAAAUCUCAGGUUUUGAUUUAACACCAGCCCGGAAUCUAUAUAUGUCCACACCAGAGAAGUAUUGAAAGAACACCAGUUUGGAAUCAAACCGAUGCUGUUUUAAUACUGACUGGUGUUGAAUACACACCUAUCUGGUGUUAGACCAAAACCAAACUGGCGCUGUUUCAACGCUUUGGGUGUGGACAUAAUAGAUUCUGGGCUGGUGUUAAAUCAACACCAGUGUUUUUGUAGUGCACCGUAUUCUGUUAGGGCAAUGCCUCGAUGUUGCCUCUUGUACCUGUUAUGUGUGUGAGUAAGGAGGCAUUGUAUGUGUGUGUGUAACAGAGAAUUACUAUGUGUUUUUAUAUAUAAUGACUUUCAGCUAUACACAUUUUAAAAUUACUGAUUAGUUGAUUAUUUUCAAAGAAGGGCACUAUAGCUAGCAACCAGUGAUGGUGGAUCCAGGAAUAUUUUCGUCAGUUUGUCGUCGAAUUCCAGUACUCUUGUUUAUAUCAAAAUGUAAUAGAUAGAUUUUAAAAAGGAAGAAAUAAGAAAGGGAGCGUUUUUUU